AUGGACUCGACAAACGGCGCCCCUCCGUCGUCCGCCCUCCCUCAUCCUCAACCAGCCCACAAUCCGUCCAGCUCGCUAGCCGACUUCGAGCAGCAUGCCCUCAAACGCACCUACCUAGCCCUGCUACCCCCAACACAGCUCAUAGAACUAUGUCUAGCCUUUGAGUCUUAUGCUCCGUUGCAUAUAAAGGGCUCCUUGUGGCCCGGGGAUAUCAGGCUUGCCAUCGCUUCGCUCCAGGGCUCUCAGUCCGUCUUGCUCUCGACAUCGAACAAUGCUGCUGCCUCGUCCUCAUCUUCUGGCAAUGUUACCACCACGGCUCCAGCUCCCCCAACUCCCAGAGAGCCGCCCAUCAUGGACUCGUUACGAGAACCUACGCCUCCUGCUGCCGACCCUCCUGCUGUAGUGCCUCCCUCGACAUCUCCAAAUCAAAACCAUCUCGCCAACGGCACAAGCUCUAAUCAGUCGCAACCAGUCGCAUCGUCUUCAUCCCUAGCAAAUCAGAAUGCCACUGCCGCCCAGUCAUCACCCGUCCCCGCUCCCGCCACACCUGCUCACGUCGCACAAAACAUCGUCUCUGUAUCAUCACCUUUGCCUUCUCAUGCUGUAUCACAAACUCCUCAAACGUAUCCGCCGCCUACCGCAGGAAUUGGCGGACCUUAUCCACACGCACCGUAUGGCUUCGCUCAGAGUCGACCCGCCUUUCCUCACCAUACCCCCUAUUACCCUCCCCCAGGGUUCGCUUCCCAGUUCGGUCAUCCCCAUCAUCCAUAUCCUUACCCUCCCGGUGGAUACUCUCCACAUCCGCCUCAUUCGUAUGCUACACCGCCACCUCAGCAAGGGGCGUCCUCUAGUACAACUGCAGGUGCUCGCGGUUCGCCCUUUACCACUACACCUCUAUCGCUCAACAGGAAUCUCCAACCUCCUCCACCUCAUCCGACAAUUCCUCCACAUCCGCCCAGCUUACAUCCACAGUACCCGCAUGGCCUACCAUUACCGCCACCAGACCCUAAUAUGCUUACCGCAGACGAUAUUCCGAGUUAUGAAGACAUGAUUGUGGAGGCUUUGAGCGAGCUGGGGGAUCCGGAGGGUUGUCAGCCGAAGACGGUGUUCUCGUGGAUGGCGAGCCAUUAUCCGUUGCAUCCGAAUUUUAGGCCGAGUGCGAGUCAGGCGUUGCAGAAGGCGUUUAAGAGAGGAAGGUUGGAGAAGAGCGAUGGUGAGAAGAAGUACAGGCUGAAUCCUAGCUGGGAUGGUGCGACUUCUCGUAGGCAUACUCGGAGACCCAUGUCCAACGGCUUGAUCAUGCAGCCAUCGCCCAUGAACUCCUCACCAUUCACAAACGCCCCACUCAUGCAUCAUCAUCAUCAUCAACCCGCCGGCAACUCUUCAACCGCCACCUUCCCCUACGGAGCACGUCCACCCGGCUCCAACGCACCUGGCGCCGUUGCAUACCCCGGUUUCCCUUCAUACCAACCCUACAAUCCUUCGUCUACCGCAGGGAACGCCACCACUGCGACCACGAAUGGCGCCACACCGGGUGCGUCUACGUCGACCAACGCGGAUCCGACGCAAGGGUUGAUCUCGAUGGAUGACGAAGAUGGAGAUGAGGAGGGAGUGGGCGAGGGAAGCGAUGCUUGGGAGGCCGCACAGAAUAUCCUGAGGGCUAUCAAUUUUGGGUCGUUCUUCCAGGAUCAGGGCAACAAUCAACCUGCCGCCGGCGACUCAUCGUCUGGAAAUGCUCCUGCGGUAGAGAACGGUGCAGGGACGAGUGCGGAUGGUGCACAGGAAGGAGAGUUAGCGAGGAAUGGUCAGAAUGCGGCUGCUGGUUCAAGUGUUCCUCCUGGUACUGGAGCUGCCGCGCCGUCGACGACAGACAGCAAUGCUGUCCCACCCCCGGUCUUUGCGGGUGACUUCACCUUCAGUUCUAUACAUUCGCACACAUCCAAUGCACUCGGCACGAACAACGCCGCCAAUGAUAUGAACCUUGCCAACGCCCUCGCCGCCGUCGCUUCGACUUCUACGUCUACUGCGACUUCGACGGCAAAUCCGACUACGAUCACGACGGUGUUGUCGAGUGAGGAUCGGGCGGCCCUACAAGCGCAGCUGGCGCUUUUGGCGGCACAAUUGGCGGAGAUUGCGGAGGAUCCUGGGGUGGACGAGGAGGAUGAUAUGGAAGAGGACGGGGAUUGGGCUAGGAUGGAGGUUGACGCAGUUGGUGGUCACGGAGAGGAAGGUGUAACAUCUCCAGUACCCUCAGGUGGCGCCGGGACCGAUGCCACACAUGGUGAUGCAGCAGAUAGCAGGAUGGAUGGGGUCGAGACAGAGGCAGAUAACAGUCCUGCAGCGGGUGCACAAGCAGGAUCUGGACGUGCCGGGGAAGGAGGAGAAGCCGUCGAGGGAGAGGAGGAGAUUGAUCAGCUGCAGGACGACGACGAAAGCGACGAUGAUAUGGAGAUGGUUCCCGUGCCCAUCCAUUCACCCUACGAGCAAGGGCUGCGAACAUGACCGCAUCCUUGCGUCGAUGUUGUAUGUGAUAUGUUGCGUCCUCUUUCGUCGUAUCUCGUGUUCUUUCUGUGUUUUCCUGUCUCUUGCUAUUCAUGCAGAUUUGCUUUGGAGCCACCGUGCUCGAACUCUCCUUGUGAUC